GUCCUGGUCAAGGAGCCUCUUCCGAGUCUUUCUUGGAGACGCUGUGUGAGGCGGUGCUGCGCUCUGUGUCCUGCUGGGGUCCAUGGAGUCCUCUCUGGAGUUCUCCAGCUCUCUGGGCAGCGUGUCCUCUCUGCUGAGCCGCUGUCGGACCUUUAAGGUGCUGGUGAUCGGAGACUCCGGGGUCGGGAAGACCUGCCUCACACACCGGCUGUGCGCCGGGGAGUUCCCCGGCAGGGUGGAGGCCACCAUCGGGGUGGACUUCCGAGAGAGACAGCUGGAUGUCCACGGAGAGAGGAUCAAGCUUCAGCUGUGGGACACAGCAGGACAGGAGCGUUUUCGUAAAUCCAUGGUGCAGCACUACUACCGUAAUGUCCACGCUGUGCUCUUCAUCUAUGACGUCAACUGCCCCGCCAGCUUCACCAGCCUGACGUCGUGGAUAGAAGAGUGCAGGCGGAACUCGCUCGGACAGGAAGUCCCCAGGUUCCUGGUGGGUAAUAAGAGUGAUCUCCGUGACCCCAGCAGGAUGGAGGGCCAGGUGAGCAGAGAGCAGGCCACCAGCUUUGCCAAAGCCCACGACAUGAUGUGCUUCGAGACGUCUGCCAAGAGUCCGCCAAAUAGAAGCGGUCGGAGAGGUGAUGGAGAGGGGGCGUCUCACCAGGAUAAGGUGGAGGACAUCGUUAUUGCCGUCGCUGCCAAACUGAAGAGACAGAAGAAACCUUCAGCAGCACACACAGCAGCGUACGGAUCCUUUAAAGUCAUCAACAAGAAAAGACCAGAGAAGGAGCUGUGGAGCUGCUGCUGAGGGGAAGGACACUGUAAGGACUUUGUUUUUAGCUCUUUAGAAGUGCAUGACUCUGUGUGUGUGUGUGUGUGUGUGUGUGUGUG